GACCCACUAGCAUUUAAAUAAGCUGCUUAUCAAAUUCUGCGCCACUUUUGUUCCUCAAGACUUGCUUCAAAGACGUGCUUUUCCAAGUAACGAAGAAUUGAAUUAACUGAAGAUGAAUUUAUCCAUUUUACUUGGCUGCGUAAUAUUCGUGGCCGCCGAUGUGGCUCUCGCGUCCAGGAAUGGUUUUGCAUUUCGCGGCGGAAAGAGUUACGCGAACUGCGGACAAGUGUCGGGUUCUGUGGGCGGGCGAGGACUUCACCCCUGGAACGUCAACAUCCAAUAUUCAAAUCUGCCUGGGAGGAAUGCGGAGAAACGUGCCUGCACCGGAACUUUGAUUUCAAAAAGGGCAAUAUUAACAACUGGGUAUUGUGUCCGCUAUGAUGGCAAAACUUUGUCCACUGACAAAAUUACUGUCACAUUGGGUGCUUAUGACCAAUCUGAUUCCAACGAGAGAUCGAGACAAGUUGUCAAGCCUUCCUCGGUGAUUUUGCACCCUGCUUAUGAUGAAUCCAGCGGGUCCGGCACGCCAAAUAAUCUCGCCCUGUUAAUUUUUGACGAGCCCAAAAUCCAAAUCACCGAUUUUGUGAAACCAGCGUGUUUGUGGAGCGAAGAUUUUGACGUCCAGAAAAUAGUCAACGCUACUGGCGCGGUGGUAGGCUGGGCCCUAGAUUCGGAUUUGAAGCAAAUCGAAAAACUUCUGCCAACACAAUUGACAGUUAUGUCGAACGCAGACUGCACAGAAUUCUAUCGCGAAUUUCAAAAGUGGGUGGUUCCGACUAAAACUCUAUGCAUCGCCCAUACUAACGAUCCUGGUGGCUGUGCAUACAACGACGGCACCGGUUUUGUUAUUUCCAAGAAUGGAAUUGGCUUUUUGAGAGCUGUCGUGAGGAAUGGCUUGUUUGAAAAUGAUAUGGAGAAGGGUGUCACAAAACAAUACGUUUGCGAACCACGUAAGCGCCCUCUCGUCACUGAUGUUGAUUUCCACAUGGAUUGGAUUGUGGGAAGCGUCCCAGACAUUUCAGCCCUGUGAAAUUUUUUAUGGCUGCGAAACAAAGCACAAUAAAAUGAUGUUAAAAAUGUUAAAAACUCAUCAUAUUUUGAUUAUAUAAAACCAAUAACUGUAAAUAAAAUGAGUAAUUAUGGUA